AACUUGAUACUGCAUUUUCUGAGGGCUGGGAAAGUAGGAGGAAUAUUUGUGAACUGAGCUCUAGAUUGGUAAACUAUUAGAUUUUUUUUUUCUGUUUUUCCUUUUGUAUUCCUUUGAGGUUUAAUCAGGUCUUUCCAUUUUUAGUAUUUAAAGUAACACCCCAUUCAUUCUUACAUCAAUAAUCAGUCUUCUUGCCUAGCUAGAACAUUGUAGGGAGAGAUAAACCUCAGGACUUUACAUCUAUUCUUUGAAGAUCAUUUUGUUCUCUCCCUCCCUGAUAAAGGUAUAUCCCUGCCCCUCCCAGGGCAAAGGUUUGUAAGUGAGGUUGAGCCAUUUCCUGCCUUCGUGUCUGCUGUUCUGACAUUGGCUGACACCUUUGCUGUGUGUACCUGUAAACCUAUAUUUUGGACCCUCUAAGGUGAGUACCUGAUCUUGGUCAUUUGUGGAUUUGAGAGAUCAACAACCUCUUCCCCUUUUUACCUGGUGACUGAGCCUUAAAAUAAAUGUGGGAAGACAGAGGAGUCUGUCCUUCUUUUGGACUUUCUAUGGGAGGAAAGGGCAUUGCAAGAGGCUCUUGAUUCUGCCUUCUUCUUUGUCUUGUUCUGAACUUUGCCAAGCAUCUAAAUAGGUAAAAGAAAAUACCAAGUUAUGACCUUUUGUAUUUUUUUAGUGUGUGAAUAGGGCCUAGGUUAUGUGUUGACUUUUGUAUUCUGAGAUGCUGAUUCCACUGUGGCUCUUCUCUUUGAGGUCUCUAAAAAGGGAUGGAGUGAUGUGGUGAGGAAAGGUCCUGGAGGCCAGUCUCCCUUGAAUCUAUAAGCAGUGCUCUUUGAUGAUUAAGCAGUGGAACAGUAGUGGGCACCCAAAGUACAUUGCAAGAUUUGCAAUUCUGGACUGGGCAGUGACUUCUGGAUUUGCCUCAUCAGUCUGGUGUAAUCUCUGGCUCCAUGGCCAGCUAUUGGCUCUUACAGACCGGAUGAAGCAGACUGGAGACAGAAGUGGAGAAAGCCUCCAACUGGCAUAUCUUCAUACUGUAGCCCUCUGGCUGCUGGCCCUGCCCAGCCUGCCUCAUGGAGAAGAUGAACUGGCUGAGCAGACUGGCUUCCCGGGGCCCUGGGAACCGUGUAACUCAAGGGGCCAGUCUGCAGACCCCUGUCAUGGCUGACCCUGAGACCUGCCUCAUGGUCUUCAAGAAUCACUGGUCCCAGGUGGUGCGCAUCCUGGAGCGACAAGGCCCUCGGGCAGCUCCUGGAGGUGCAGAUGAUCUCAGUGCUGUGUGCAACCAUGCUUACCAAAUGUUAACACUGCUGGUAGAGGAUCGUGCAGUCCCUUCAUCUCCUACAGGCCCUGGGCCCCUGCUGGAGUUUGCUCUUCGUGAGGAUCUUCUGACCCGUGUGUUGACAUGGCAGCUGCAAUGGGAUGAACUUGGGGAUGGGGUUGAGGAACGGCGGGCUGAGCAGUUGAAACUAUUUGAGAUGCUAGUGAGUGAAGCUCGCCAGCCCCUGUUGCGGCAUGGUCCAGUCCGUGAGGCUCUGCUCACCCUACUGGAUGCCUGCCCUGUGCCUAGUAGCCCAGCACUGGAUGAAGGCCUGGUGCUACUUCUCAGCCAAUUGUGUGUAUGUGUGGCCCGGGAGCCUUCUUUGCUCGAGUUCUUCCUGCAGCCACCUCCAGAGCCUGGAGCUGCCCCACGUCUUCUCCUCUUUUCUCGCCUUGUUCCUUUUGUCCAUCGAGAGGGCACUCUGGGCCAACAGGCUCGUGAUGCUCUACUUCUGCUCAUGGCUCUGUCAGCUGGAAGCCCCACUGUGGGCCGCUACAUCGCAGAUCACUCUUACUUCUGCCCGGUGCUGGCCACAGGGCUGAGUGCCCUGUACUCUUCACUGCCCCGAAAGAUUGAGGUUCCAGGGGAUGACUGGCACUGUCUCCGACGGGAAGACUGGCUAGGAGUGCCAGCCCUUGCACUCUUCAUGAGUUCCCUAGAGUUCUGCAAUGCCGUGAUUCAGGUUGCUCAUCCCCUGGUGCAGAAGCAGCUGGUGGAUUAUAUCCACAAUGGGUUCCUCGUGCCUGUCAUGGGCCCUGCCCUGCACAAGACCUCUGUGGAGGAGAUGAUCGCCAGUACCGCCUAUCUGGAACUUUUCCUACGGAGUAUCUCAGAGCCUGCCUUGCUCCGUACCUUCCUGAGAUUCCUGUUAUUACACCGGCAUGAUACCCACACCAUCCUUGACACUCUCGUUGCCCGUAUUGGCAGCAACUCCCGGCUCUGCAUGGUCUCUCUGAGUCUCUUCAGGACCCUCCUGAACCUCAGCUGUGAGGAUGUUCUACUGCAGCUCGUUCUCAGGUAUCUUGUCCCAUGUAACCACGUGAUGCUGAGCCAGAAGCCAGCUGUACGUGAUGUGGAUCUUUAUGGACGAGCAGCUGACAAGUUUCUCUCCCUAAUCCCACGUUGUUGUCGGCACCGUGCCCCCAGCCCACCUCGCCCAGAGCAUGCCUCGUGGGCACGAGGUGGGACUAGCAGAGAGGCAGGGAGAAGGGAGGACCUCAUGGGCCCUGGAAGUCCAAGUGUUGAUUCCUCUUCUGUGGUGACAGUGCCUCGGCCUUCCACACCAUCCCGGCUGGCUCUCUUCCUUCGGCAGCAGAGUCUGGCUGGCUCUGAGUCCCCAGGUCCAGCCCCUCGCUCACCAGGGCUUGCUGCAUCCCCAGCCUCCAGCCCUGGCCGACGGCCCUGCCCUGCAGAGGAGCCUGGUGAGCUGGAAGACAAUUACCUGGAUUAUCUGCGUGAGGCGCGCCGUGGUGUAGACCGCUGUGUCCGAGCCUGCCGUACCUGGUCUGCCCCCUAUGAUGGCGAGCGGCCCCCUCCUGAGCCUAAUGCUCUUGGUUCCCGGACUAAGAAACGCAGCCUCCUGCCUGAGGAGGACAGGGACAAUGUGGGGGAAGGGGAGGAGGAAGAGUUAGGGAGUAGAGGGCUGACUGGGGGUAUAGGUGAGGGUCCUGGCCACCUGCCCCUGCCCCAGCUUAAUGGGGUGCCAGGACCAUGGCCUGAGGGAGCCAAGAAGGUUCGUCUGGUACCACGUCUGGUGGCACAGGAGGGAGCUGGGGAACUGCUGGAGGGCUUCUCCCAGGGCAUGACAGGACUAGAGAGCUUUGGGCAAGAGCUCCGGGAGCUGGAGGUGGCAUUGAGCAAUGGUGGAGCUGGCUCAGAAGCCCCCUUAGAGCCUCCACUACCUCUUGAGGAGGAGGAGGCCUACGAGAGCUUCACCUGUCCCCCUGAGCCUCCUGGCCCCUUCCUCAGCAGCCCAUUGCGGACUGUCAACCAGCUGCCAAGCCAGCCUUUCACCGGCCCCUUCAUGGCUGUGCUCUUUGCCAAACUCGAGAACAUGCUGCAGAACUCCGUCUAUGUCAACUUCCUGCUGACGGGGCUGGUGGCCCAGCUGGCCUGUCACCCCCAGCCCCUGCUCCGCUCUUUCCUGCUCAACACCAACAUGGUCUUCCAGCCCAGUGUCAAGUCCCUGCUGCAGGUGCUGGGCUCUGUGAAGAAUAAGAUUGAGAGCUUUGCGGCCUCACAGGAAGACUUCCCAGCACUGCUAUCCAAAGCCAAGAAGUACCUCAUUGCCCGUGGCAAGUUGGAUUGGGCUGAGGGUCCUACAUCAGGACCUGCCCCCCGCCGCUCUGAUCCCCUAGUGAAGAGCCGGAGGCCGUCCUUGGGGGAGUUACUCCUGCGGCAUGCACACAGUCCAACCAGGGCCCGGCAAGCGGCACAGGUCCUUCAGCCUGGGCGAGACGGAGCAGGACUUGGCCUAGGUGGGGGCUCCCCUGGGGCUUCAACUCCAGUUCUACUUCCUCGGGGUGGGGCCCCUGAGCGCCAAGGUGAGGCUCUGCGAGUCAAGAACGCUGUCUACUGUGCAGUCAUUUUCCCUGAGUUUCUCAAGGAGUUGGCUGCCAUUUCCCAGGCCCAUGCCGUCACCUCGCCUUUUUUGUUGGAUACUUCAGAAGAGGGAUCUGGCCCUUCUAUCUCAGGCUUUGGGCCCCUCAACCCUUAAUUUUCUUCCAUGGACAAUCAGGGCCAGAGGCAACCUGGGCUAAGGCCAGGGCACAGGCUCCUUUUUAUGUUUGGAGGCAGUGGCAAAUGGACUUUUUAAUUUAUUUCAGAUGAAUGUUUUAUGAAGAAUUUGUUGCAAUAUGUAUAAAAGGGAAAUCUCUA